UAUGCGGAUGAUAUAGCGGUGAUGGCGGAGGAUGAAGAUGGAAUGAAAGGGGUAGUGGCGAGAUUGGAAAGGUACAUUGAGGAGAAGAAGCUGGAGGUUAAUGUAGGGAAGACGAAGAUGAUGAGAUGUAAGAGUGGAGGUGGGAGGAAAGGGAAGGUGAAAUGGAGGUGGAAGGGCAGAGAGAUUGAAGAGGUGAAAAAAUUUAAAUACCUGAUCUACGUGCUGAUGGCGAAUGGGAAGCAGGAAGAACAGGUUAAUGAGAGAGUUAAGAAAGGGAUGAUAGCGAUGAGACAGGUAUGGGGGAUAGGAAAAAGGAUAUUCGCGAAAGAUUGGGGUAAAAGGGUAUGGCUGUUUGACAAGCUGGUGUGGUCAGUUAUGGGGUAUGGGGUAGAAGUAUGGGGAUGGAAGGGGAGGGAGAAAAUGGAGAGGGUUCAGGAGAGAUUUUUGAAGUGGAUAUUGGGAGUGGGAAGAACGGUGCUAGGAUACAUGGUGAGGGAGGAGAUGCAGAGGGAGUUGCUGGGAGGAAGGGCUAGUAUGAGGGCAUGGGGAUAUGAAAGGAAACUAAGUGAAGGGAAAGGAGGGGAGCUGGCGAGGAAAUGUUGGAUGGAGAUAAGAGGGAGAGCAGUGAGGGGUAGGGUUUUAGGAGAAUGGGAGGAGGAGAGGAGAGAAUUUUGGGAAAGAAAGGGGUGGAGUAUAGGAGAGGUGGAGGAGUGGAGGGAGGAAGGGCGAUUGAGAGGGGAGGAGAUAGUAAAAAGGGAGAAAGAGGUGCAGAGGGAAGAAAGGUGGAGGAAGAUAGUGGAGUCGAGGUACAAUACAUGGUAUAAAAUGAUAAAAGGAGAGGGGGUGCCAAGGUAUCUGACAAAGAAUUGGGAGGAAAGGAGGUGGCAGUUGGUGGCAGGGUAUAGGUUAGGGGAUAAAAUGAAAGGGGGAAGAUAUUGGGAAGAGGAGGACAGAAGGAGAUGCAGGGUUUGUUGGGGAGGAAUAGACUCGUGGGAGCAUGUAUGUGAGGAGUGUACGAACUGGAGUAGAGAAAAAGGAUGGCAGGAGGUUGUGACGGAGGUGCUAGGGGAAGAGGGGGAAGGGGAGGUGUGGAUGAGGAGAGUGGAAGAGAUGAGAGCAAGGACGAGCGGCGGAAACGGAGGUCAGGAAUGA